AUGGGUGGGGAACCGAAAAGUAUAUUGCCUCUUGAGAAGAUAUAUGCCUUUUUGUCGAGGGCUGCCGAUGUAGAGAUAUGGGAGAAGGACAUCGGAGUUCGGCACAAAGGAAGAAUCGUUGGUUUUGACGAGUACAUGAACAUUGUGAUGGAUAGUGGGGCAAAAAGAUACUUGCUGAAGGGAGACUGCAUAUCUGUGGUGUUUGGAAAGGACAUAGACUAG